GUCGUAUUUUAUCAUAAGUCGUAUUGUGUUGUGUUGUGUGUAUGCACAAUUGUAUCAAAGGCGAGUCUGGUCCGUGCCCACCUUGCCAGUGCCAUCUCUGGUUGGUGGUGUAAAUCUAGUUGUUUAUGCAAUCUAUGUCCCGGGAGAAAUUUUAGAUUGGUGGCUAAGAAAAAGAAAAUAAGAAAAAAAAGGAGAAAAAGGGUGGCGAAGCGUUCAUACUUCCAUUAUAUUUCCAAGAGCUAAAUCCCCUUUCAUUUUCUCUCUCCCGCCAUAUCUCCAAGACCACCGAUUCUCGCUACUCAAUUUGAUCUAUGCGCUAUCAUUGCAAAUUAUAUUACUCAGAUUUGAAUUUCGGCCAAUGUAUUUAACAGAUCUUAAUCAGGAUGGAUUUCAUGAAGGUUGUCGAUCAAGCUGUUCGCGAAAUAAAACGAGAGGUGAACUUGAAAGUGUUGAAGGUACCUGAGAUUGAGCAAAAGGUGCUGGAUGCAACUGAUAAUGAGCCUUGGGGUCCUCAUGGAAGCGCACUGGCAGAAAUAGCUCAAGCUACCAAAAAAUUUACUGAAUGUCAGAUGAUUAUGAAUGUACUGUGGACAAGACUGGGUGAAACUGGCAAGGAUUGGCGCUAUGUUUAUAAGGCACUGGCUGUUAUAGAGUAUCUCAUUGCUAAUGGAUCUGAGCGAGCUGUUGAUGAGAUAAUAGAACAUACUUUUCAGAUCUCAUCACUCACCUCCUUUGAAUAUGUCGAACCUAAUGGGAAGGAUGCGGGGAUCAAUGUGCGCAAGAAGGCAGAAAACAUUGUAACCCUUCUAAAUAACAAGGACAAAAUAGAAGAAACUCGUAAAAAAGCUGCUUCUACUCGUGAAAAGUAUGUUGGUCUCUCAUCAACGGGUAUUUCCUACAAGUCAAGUUCAGCUUCUUAUAGUGGUAGCAGUUUCCAGAACAGCAACAGGUAUGGAGGCUUUAGUGGCAGAUAUGAUGAUGAUAGUUACAAAACCAAGGACGAAGAUCAUUUUGGUGAAGACAAAUUUGAUAAAUAUGUUCCUAAGUCUCAUCAAGGAGCUUCUGCAGAAAGAAAAACAUCUUAUCAUAGCAGCAGGAACCACGAUCUUCCUUCCACAGGUCAAAAAUCAUCCUCAGGGAUAAAAACUGACGAGUAUGCUGCUAUUUCACAUCAGAAUGCAAAUUUACCUUCCACUGCUCAGGUAGAUGAUGAUGAUGAUUUUGAUCCACGGGGAACUGCAGCAAAAACAGAGCCUGCUGCUGCAAGCUCACAACAAAUGGAUCUCUUCGGUGAAAGUUUGAUUGGUGACCUCUUGGAUACACCUACAACUAUUCCGUCUCAGAGCAGUGCCAUGGGUGAAAAGUCAUCUGAUGUUGAUCUUUUUGGAGAUGCUGAUUUCGUAUCAGCAGCUCCUCAAGUGGAAGCAGGGGGGAGCCUUCAAACCCAGCCAAAUGUUGAUCUAUUUGCUGCACAAUCUGUAUCCGCAAAUGCACAGCCAUUGCCAUCAGCUGCAGUUUCUUCAACAAUGGACUUCUUUGCAGCAUCUGAUCAAGUUGCACCAACUGCAACUAAAACUGAAAAUAUUGGGUCAUCAAAUGUAAAUUUUGUAGAUCCUUUUGCUGCUAUUCCAUUGAACAGCUUUGAAGGAUCCAAUCUUCUAGGAACAUUCACCUCUCAUACAGAUCAAUCAUCUUUGGAAUCCACAGAGAAUCUGCUUAAGAAUAAUUCUGUAACUUACUUACAUGGCAAAUCCUUAUCAGAAUCAAAAGCACCUCAGAAGGGCAAUUUCCAAGUCAAGUCUGGAAUUUGGGCUGAUUCACUAAGCCGUGGGCUGAUUGAUCUUAAUAUAUCUGCUCCCAAGAAGGUGAAUUUAACAGAGAUCGGAAUAGUCGGUGGAUUGAGUGAUGGAUCAGAGGACAAGCAGAAGGCAGCUCCGACAUCUUAUUACAUGGGAUCAGCCAUGGGUAUGGGUACGGGAUUUGGUGGAACCGGUUCUAAUCCAACCACAACUGGUGCAGAUGAUUUCUUUUCAAGCUUUACAAGCAGCAGCCAGUAUCAAUAUGGAGGCUUCCAGAAAUGAUUAAUUGAAUUCAAUACCAUUAUUCAAAUUGUUUUGGUGAUCUCAAUAUAUUGUUUGUUCAAUGAGAGGCUUAAGUUUUAAGCAAUUUUUAGUGUGGCCAUCUGGGGUUUAUCCUGAUAUAAUGCCGUCGCGGUGAUUAAAUCUUCAAAAUGAGAUUAAUUCGAGGCUAUAUUGCUGAUAAGGAGCUUUGUUUUUGAGUGCACCUGCAUGUAAUGUUGUAUGUAGAGAUACUUGAAUAGAGGAAAAUAAUGUAUCUUUAUUGUGGUUUACUUGUGUCAAUGUUUAAAUUAUUUUUCUGUAGAUCUGAAAAAAGAGUUGAGAUUCAAGUGAACCAAAUUGGUGUAUUUUUUGGUUUGAUAUAUUUUUUUAAAGAUUGAAAAACCAAUUUCUUACUCCA